CACGGGACGCGCUCCGUCCGGUUCUCCAGGAAGAAGCAGGAGACGUCCAGCAAGCUGGCGUUCCCGGUGACUGAUCCUGGGAUGAAAGUCUGAUUCCGUACGCCUGAACUGGAGCCUUCCUGGCACUGAUGGGGCGGCGUGGCUCCGGUGAAGACGCUCGCCAUCAUGUGGAAGGCGAGGAGGAUUUGAGGAGACCCUCUUGUAGAUCCGGAGAUCAGGAGGAUGUUGUCCAUCCAAGAUGACACUUGGUCCGGCAGGGAAGACGCGAGUGUCCGAUGAUCUGGUCCAGAGAUGUCGCCGGGUACACAGCUGUCAGCAUUUGGUGGAUGGACGUUCUCGUCUUAACUUCACUUCAGAAAUCAACAACUCUGGGAGCCCCCCGGAAGUUUUCCUUUUUCUGCUUCCGUGUGAUUUGACGCUCAGACUCUGACGGGAGAAGCUUCCAGUGAGGGGUGAGGAGAGCCGGACUGGGAUGGGUGAAGGGCUGGAGGAGUGGACUGGACCAGGAGAGACUUCAGGAACAGGUCUGAGGUGUCCCUGAUCAUCUGGAUCUCCGAACGCUGCGAACCGGAUCCGAACCUCCGCCCUGCUUCCCGGACACCACCAUCCGCUCCUGCAUCCGCCCCUUUCAUCCCGACAGCUCCUUGGAUUCUUAUAGAACAACAAAAAGAACCAAAAUCCUUCUCUGUAUGAGACUCAUCUGUGAGCUGAAUCUGGUGACCCGGUGGAGCUCCAGCUCCAGUGGCCCAUGGCCUCCUCUCCUCUCCACCAGUGAGCCAAGCUGGCCUCCCCGGCCUCAUCCCCAGCCCCGGACCUGGACCCGGACCCCCAGCCCAGUCAGCGUCUCAGUAGUGAAGAGCAGUAUGUGAGCGAGGGCGAAUGCGGCCGGCUCGAUGCUCACCUGGCACCACCUCUGUGCAGGGAUGCCGAGACCAUCACAGAUGUCUGCAACAGCACCGACCUGCCAGAGUUUGAGAUCAUCAGCCUCCUGGAGGAGCAGCUGCCGGUGUACCGGCUGCGGGCCGACACCGUCUACGGCUACGACAAUGACGACUGGCUCCACACUCCUCUGGUCGCGUCGGACGCCAGGCUCGACCUGACCACGGAGCAGAUCGAAGAGACGCUCAAAUACUUCUCUGAAAGUCCAGACUCAAGUCUUCCGCCCACCCUUCAUCUUCUCCUCACUCCUGGUACAACGUCCAUCCCCGUCCAUGCAUGUUUAGUGCCAUCACCUCCCCUCCUCCCUCACUUCCAUCCAUGUGGGCGGGGGGGUGAAAGGAUCAGUAUUUGGACCCGCUGUCAUUUCAACACACAAAGCAUCAGGGAGCAAAUGGGAAGCAUGGAGAGCAAGAGCAGGAUGGAGGGACUGGUUAGGGAGGAGUUAAAGGGCUGGUUCUGCACGGAAGGCCAGAAAGUACUAUGUGCAGACAGAGUGGGCCAAAUGACGAAGACCUACAAUGACAUCGAUGCCGUCACACGUUUGUUGGAGGAGAAAGAGAGAGAUCUGGAACUGGCGGCAAAGAUCGGCCAGUCGCUCCUCAAGAAGAACCGAACUCUGACUGAGCAGAACGAGUACUUGGAGGAACAAGUGGGGCAAAUCACAGAGGAGGUGGCCCAGCUUCACCACGAGCUGAAUCUGAAGGACGAGCUGCUGCAGUUUUACACAAACGCCACAGAGGACAGCGAGGACGAGUCCACCAGCUCCCCAACGGAGAAGAAGAACAGGGCAGAAGGCGCCUCGGGGGGCUUUGUGAGCGGAACACUUCACAGGAAACUCAAAGAGCUGGAGGAGGAGAACCUGUCGCUCCGCUCAGAGGCUCACCAUCUGAAGUCAGAGACGGAAACCUACGAAGAAAAGGAGCAGCAGCUGGUCAGCGACUGUGUGAAAGAACUACGCUUGUCGAGCCUGCAGAUCUCCGCCAUAGCAGAGGAACUGGCUCGGAAGACCGAGGAUGCAGCACGGCAGCAGGAGGAGAUCACCCACCUCCUCUCUCAGAUUGUAGAUCUGCAGAAAAAGGCCAAAUCUCUGGCCGUGGAAAACGAGGAGCUCUCUCAGCACCUCUUGGCAGCUAAGGAUGCCCAGAGGCAGCUCACGGUGGAGCUGCAGGAGCUGGGGGAGAAAUACUCGGAGUGCAUCGAGAUGCUGCGUGAAGCUCAGGAAGAGCUGAAGAACCUGAGGAACAGGAACUACCCAGCAGAAACCCCCAGACGCUACCAUCCGCUGGGACUCUACCCAAUGGAUUCCCUGGCGGCUGAGAUCGAAGGAACGAUGAGGAAGGAGUUGAGUCUGGAUGAUCCUGAGUGUGUGGAGCAAAAGAGCCAUCGUAAGCGCGUGUUUGAGACGGUGAAGAGUGUUAACCAGACGGUCCGUCAGCGCUCGCUGACUCCAACCAACUCCAACAUCCCGGGGUCCAACCAGUCUCUGUCGGCUCGGACGUCGCCUCUGUCCAGCGGCCUCUCCUCACCCCACUCCUCUCUGUACGGCAGUGACAUCACCGGAGACGCCACUCCCUUUGACAACCGAACACAGAGCAUCCUGAUGGAGACUGCGUCCAAUCAGGAAAGCAGCACAGAUUACCGAGAGAAAAAGUCGAGUGGGGCCGAGGAUCUCCGGCUGGCCCUGCGACGGCUUUCUCUGCGACGGCAAAACAACCUGAGCGAGAGGCGCUUCUUUGAGGAGGAGAGAGAGCGUAGGCAAGGAGGACAUGACUCCUUCGGUCAGGAGAGCAUGUUGACCCCGUCCGACAGCAUCAUGUCCCUCGGACACCUCCACACGUGGGCCUCGCGAGGGCCCUACCUCCCUGACAAACUCCAGAUCGUCAAGCCGCUGGAAGGCUCCGCCAUCCUUCACCAGUGGCAGCAGCUAGCGCAGCCGCACCUGGGUGUGAUCCUGGAUGCCAGGCCCGGAGUGGUGCCGAAGGGCUACAGGCCCCUCGAGCUGGACCUGGAGCAGGUGUACCCGUGGGGGGGUCUUGAGGAGGACGAACCAGGAGAGCAAUACUUCCAGAAUCUUCCCACCUCCUCGGCCUCUUCCUCACCAGCUGUGCCGCCCACUUCCAGCGUGGGCGUGGCCAACCUUGGACAGCCUCCCACCAGCCUCGGCCCUCCUUCCCCGCCCUCUCCAUCACCGUCACCACACCUUAGCAACACGGACGCUCUGGCGACGUACUUCCCAGGUAAAUGCAUGGCCCACACCAGCUCCACCUACACCUUUACAACCUGUCGGAUCCUCCAUCCAACAGAUGAGCAGACCCGGGUCACACCGAGUUUAAACUCCGUCCCUGCAUUUUCCUCCUGUGUGAUGUCUCUGCUGGGAACUCCUGCUGCUACUCCAUGCAUGCCUCGAAGGCUCGGCCUCAGGCCCUCUGAGUCCUCAACCAACCUCAGAGAUGCAACACGCACCACCAGCACCUCCCUGGGCUUAGUGCGCCUUCUCCAGGAGAGAGGCAUCUCAGCAGCUAUGUACCACCAGAGCCAGGGCCUGGAGCACAAUCAAGGCAGUGGAGGAGUCCUGCUCAGCACCUCUAUCACCCCAAACCGAGCGUCCAAUCCCAACCCUCUGCACCCGUCGACCCCUCCAAACUCCCCCACGAAACCGGGCACCUCGUCUGUGCCGACCUCUGCAGGCUUCGACUUCAAGAGCCCGUCCUAUGACAACUUCCUGGCCUCCAAACCGGCGCGUUCCAUCCUGAAGGAGGUGACGGGGCCGAGAGGCAGACAGAGAGGGAGGGACUGUGAGAGCCAAACGGACGUUAGCGUGACUGUCCAUAACCUGAACCUGCUGGACAAGGUGAAGCGACUGGGUGUGGCUGGAGCUCCUGGGAGCAGGGUGGUGAGUGCAGGUCCGAUCCUGGGGCCUUUGGGUGGCCUACGCAGGUCCGGUUCCCCUUUUGGGGCGGAUGGCAUGAGGAGGAAUAGAAGUUAUCCAGCUGUGGUCGGGGCCAGCAUGGCCAUGAAAGCCCCGGGGCCUCAGGAGUAGUCUGGACUACUGCUAGCUUAAUAAAGACAGGGAUGGCUGCUGAGCAGUCACACACACUAAAUGUUUUAUAAUCCAUCAAAAACUACAUCCACUGCUGGUUUCCUGUCACUGUGUUGGUUCUGCACCAGUGCUAUCCACUCCAUGGCUUUGGAGAGGUCACUGAAGCUUGAAUAAUAAUAAAACUCCCUGAAAGAUUUAAAACCUGA